CUUCUCUCUCUCUCUCCCUCCGUCUCUCUGUCUCUCUCUCCCUCUCUCUCUUCCUUUCCCUCCUUCCUUCCCUCCUGGGCUUAAAAUGGUGUCCAAACUCAGCGCUUUGCAACACGAGCUCCUCAACGCUCUGCUCACCUCCGGAGUCACCAAAGAGGUCCUGAUCCAAGCGCUGGAGGAAUUGAUGCCUUCGCCCAGCAGCACCGACGCUCCGGCGGUCGCGGGUGGUGGCUACGGGGUGAAACUGGAAAACUUGCAGCUGUCGCCCAACAGCGGAGGCGGAGGGACGGAGGCCGACAGCAAGCCCAUCUUCCACACCCUGACCAACGGGCACAGCAAAGGCAGGCUGUCGGGGGACGAGGGGUCGGACGAUGGGGACGACUUCGACACCCCGCAGAUCCUCAGGGAGUUGCAGGCGCUCAACACCGAGGAGGCGGUGGAGCAGAGGGCCGAAGUGGAGAGGAUGAUCAGGUAAGUGAGGAGGAGGGGAGGCUGCGGGAGAGGGUACC